AUGACGGUGAGAAAACAAAAGCAACUUCAAUCCAUCCAAAGGCCCUUUCUUUUAAAUUAUUCCCAUGCUUACAGAACAACCUCAAAUGCUGCACUGUUUCAGCUCACCAACAGCAUUACCCUAUUCUUAGUUGCGGAGCAGGAACAUGCAAAGGCUUCAGUUCUUCAGCUAAGAAAAGACUGCAAAAUUAAAAAUGAGAUAGUAGCUGCCAGCUCCUACACCUCAUCGACUCAUCCAUAUGAAAGACAUCCAGCUAGCCGAAAUAAUAUAACACUAUGCAUAAGGCAGAAUAGAUACCAAGCAUUAUAUCCAAAGAUCUACACAGAUGGUUCUGGCAUAAACAACGGAAAAGGAUGUGCUAUAAAAAUAUAUCUCAGUGACCAUGAAGCAAAAGGCUUCAAGUUCCAACUUGACAAAGAGAAUAGCGUUUUUCAGUCGGAAAUGUUCGCGAUUUUGCAGGCAAUCAACGUAAGCACACAUCAUCAUUUUCCAAGGACUCACAUCUAUACAGAUUGUCUCUCGGCAAUGCAUGCGCUCGCGAACCCAAAUAAUAGAUCAUCAUUAGCUCAUGAAAUUCUUAGAAAGUCCUCCAAUGCCCAAGGCCAACACUUCUUUAUAAUCUGGAUCAAGGCCCAUGUUGGUCAUAAGGGAAACGAAGAGGCUGACAAAUUAGCCAAGGAAGCCGCACAAGGAAUCAUUGCCAAGAAAAUAAGCAUCCCCUGGCCAGCUUCUCAUCUCAAACUAAAACUUCAGAUCACAACUAAAGACUUAUGGCAACAAUGGUGGGACGGUGCAAAUACAGGCAGAAGAUUUUACAACCUCUUCCCCAAAGUUGACUCUCCUCCAAUCCCUCUCUCCAGACAUAUCACGUGGUUUAUCACGGGCAUGGUCCCUUUCCCACGUACCUCUAUGCAAGAAAUCUCUCUUCAUCAGACUCCUGUGCAUGUGGUGAAAAGGGUCACCCCGAGCAUUAUCUCUAUUUUCCUGCCCGUUGACAGAUUCCCUUCAGCUAAAGAAACCCAAUUCAGAAGAGGAUUUAUUCCCAUUUCUAAGAUAUGCAGUCAAGAAUAA